AUGCGGAAGUGUUUACCUUUGGAGAGCAUCUGCAUUGGGUUACAGGCUGGGGGACAUUCACCUGUUGAGUCAGAGGCCCUAUGGGACAGCUGUCCCAACAGGCAGGCUGGGGGACAUUCACCUGUUGAGUCAGAGGGACUAUGGGACAGCUGUCCCAACAGACAGGCUGGGGGACAUUCACCUGUUGAGUCAGAGGCCCUAUGGGACAGAUGUCUCAACAGACAGGCUGGGGGACAGUCACCUGUUGAGUCAGAGGCCCUAUGGGACAGCUGUCCCAACAGACAGGCUGGGGGACAGUCACCUGUUGAGUCAGAGGCCCUAUGGGACAGCUGUCCCAACAGACAGGCUGGGGGACAGUCAGCUGUUGAGUCAGAGGCCCUAUGGGACAGCUGUCCCAACAGACAGGCUGGGGGACAGUCGUAUGUUGAGGGAGAGGGACAACAGGACAGCUGUCCCAACAGACAGGCUGGGGGACAUUCACCUGUUGAGGGAGAGGGACUACAGGACAGCUGUCCCAACAGACAGGCUGGGGGACAGUCACCUGUUGAGUCAGAGGCCCUAUGGGACAGCUGUGCCAACAGACAGGCUGGGGGACAGUCGUAUGUUGAGGGAGAGGGACAACAGGACAGCUGUCCCAACAGACAGGCUGGGGGACAUUCACCUGUUGAGGGAGAGGGACUACAGGACAGCUGUCCCAACAGACAGGCUGGGGGACAGUCACCUGUUGAGUCAGAGGGACUACAGGACAGCUGUCUCAACAGACAGGCUGGGGGACAGUUACCUGUUGAGUCAGAGGCCCUAUGGGACAGCUGUCUCAACAGACAGGCUGGGGGACAGUCACCUGUUGAGUCAGAGGCCCUAUGGGACAGCUGUCUCAACAGACAGGCUGGGGGACAGUCACCUGUUGAGUCAGAGGGACUACAGGACAGCUGUCCCAACAGACAGGCUGGGGGACAGUCACCUGUUGAGUCAGAGGCCCUAUGGGACAGCUGUCCCAACAGACAGAGAGGUAGGGAUGUGCCUUCAUCAUCCGUUCGGUCACCGCUCCACUGCUCUAGCUAGGCUAUGUUUAUGUUUUAUGUGCUGUAUCCGGGGAGAAUAUUGCAGUCUUCAGUGUAGUCAUUGGUUGUAAUUUCUCUCCGUACGGCCACUCAACUAACAUAUAAUUUGAUAAGCUCAGCCGUAAUGUUAACGUAGCAUCGUGAUAGCUGUAUAAUAUGACAGUGGAUUGGGGAUUUCCUUUCUGAGGAGGAUUUGGAUGUUUAGAUGAUAUUGUUUGAGAGAGGACAUUUAAACUAGAGGGAAUGUACUUUGUAUCUGUCUAACAUAACCUGUGUUUUAUUGCAGAUUUGUUUGCUGUGAAUAAUGUCAGACGUCAUUCAAUACCCCACACGUUUCAUUUUAAAGGCUGCCAUUGUGAAAGGUUUGAAAUGAGGAUUUGUGAAGGAGGUUUACAGUCUUUUCGGCGGAAUGGUUUCCUACACUUCUAUGGUUUCAAAUUCUCAGUGUAACAUAUUGGCCUAGCAGGGUAACAUCCAAAGCUUAACGUUUCCAUAUUUUCCUCAUACUCAUCCAUUUAUUAAGCUUUUUCCCCCUCCACAGUGAACUGUACAUUCACAAUACCUAUAUUGCUGGAAAAAAGGGGAUCAGAAUGAACUUGUUUUAGAAAAUGACCAUGAAGUGACAGAAAGGGCACAGCGACAUAAUCUUCCUUCCUUCCUUCCUUCCUUCCUUCCUUCCUUCCUUCCUUCCUUCCUUCCUUCCUUCCUUCCUUCCUUCCUUCCUUCCUUCCUUCCUUCCUUCCUUCCUUCCUUCCUUCCUUCCUUCCUUCCUUCCUUCCUUCCUUCCUUCCUUCCUUCCUUGCUUCCUUGCUUCCUUCCUUCCUUGCUUCCUUGCUUCCUUGCUUCAUCCCUUCCUUCCUUACUUCCUUCCUUCCUCCUCUCUCUAUUUGGUAAGGGGUAAUGAGUGUCAGGCUCAUUCCUCUUAUGGUAAAAUAUGCUAUCUGUGCCUGCCUGCCAGUCUAUGUGUGUGCAUCCAAAUAGCACCCUUUUCCCUGUGUAGUGCACUACUUUUGACCAGGGCCCAUAGGGAAAACAUAGGGAAAAGGGUGCCAUUUCGAACACACCCUAAGUUAGAGUUCCAUGUUAAUCCUCAUGAAUGCAUGACUUUGUGCACAUGAAUAGAUAAAAAGCUGCUCGGCGGGUAAUUGAGGUGCCGUUCCACUAACAAACGACAACACCAUUUGUCAAUUAGAUCCCCCCCCCCCCCCCCCCCCCACAAUCUGGGGACCUGAGAUGAUUUAUAUCAAAUGCAAUCAUUUACUAAAACCAUUAGAGUAGGACUCUCGGAUCCACUAAGAGCACACCUUUCCUACUGGUUUUCCAUCCAGUCGACUGUCAGCUACUUAACAUUUAAAGGCCUCUAUUAUAAUAUAAUAUUCUGUCCUAUUGUUUUUAUGCAGAGUGUUAGCAUACUGUGUCUAACUCUAUUGAUUCAGUUAUAAAAUAGUAUAUCUCCCGAGUGGCGCAGCGGUCUAAGGCACUGCAACUCAGUGCAAGAGGCGUCACUACGGUCCCUGGUUUGAUUCCAGGCUGUAUCACAUCCGGGCUGUGAUUGGGAGUCCCAUAGGGCGGUGCACAAUUGCCCCCCCGUGCCGUCCCGGUUUUGGACGGUGUAGGCCGUCAUUGUAAAUAAGAAUUUGUUCUUAACUGACUUGCCUCGUUAAAUAAAGGAAGAUAGCUAUUGUAUAUUUCCUCAAUAUGUUUCACCCAGUAGAGACUCUUAGAGAUUGAAUUUCAAAUGACCGAGUAGACAGUUGAGUAACAAAACCCUUACUUUGUUUAUCAAUGUGAAAACCUGGGGGCAACAUGAGUGAAGACAGCAGAUUCACGUUAAUUUACCUCGGUAGACGUGAUUUUGACCCACGGAGGAGAGUACUGUUCAUUUGAUGCAUAUGCUUGUAAACAACAUUGUGUUGACUGAGAGUUUUCACAGGGAUACAAGCAGUGGUCCUGCUUCAUUUAAAUAAUUAACUGAAUUAUUUUUAACAGACAGACACAGAAUGCUUAAACCUUUGAUUCAUGAUGUGAUGCACAUGGGCUCUGUUUUUGAAACACAGUGUUAUCUUUCACACUCUCCCCGAAACUAUCCCUGUUAAAUAUAUCACUGUUAUUCAUUGUUACUUAUCUCCUGUGAUUUGAAGCCUCCUAUGAACCACCUGGGAACAGAAUAAUCGACGAUAAAUAGAUCAUUUAUAGCUUUUAGCCACGUCAUUUACAAACUGAGCUACACAUUUUCUUGGUGUUCAAUAUCUCCCUAGAAAAGCAAAGCCUUGGAAGCUGCAUUGAUUUCCGAAGUCCUCGUCCCCACUCCUGCCUUUGUGCCUGCUGCUUGACCCACUUAUUCGCUCAUCUUUCCUACUUUUCUCAGGAGGGUUAUGCUUGCGUACUGCUUUCACCAUUACAGAGUGGACGGCAGCCAGCUACCCUGUACAGACUCUCUGAAUGAGUUAGGUGAUACCGGCUCAGCAAGUCAACAUCAUAAAUCACCAGACAAAUUGACGCAAGUGCCACAGGAGAGAAGAUCCUUCUAGGAGUCUUAGAAGACCACAUAGAGGCAAUAAUAACCUCAGUGGUGAUGCUAGCUGAUGGGUAUUGACAAAGCACUGAGUUAGACCUAAACCAUGGCCCUUAUCCCCCUCUGCAAUGAUCCAGCCUUACAGCAGCGUCCACUGUAAAACCCAUCGCUAUAGCUAUACAUUUUAUUAUACACAUCAAUGUUUAUUGAUCAGAACCCUGUCAGCAGAGUAAUAAAACGCUAUUUAAACUUCAGAGUGGAGACAGGGUGUUAACGCCAAAAUAGACAAUGAAAAGAACUGUUGGUACAUUGAGUUGUCUCAUUUAGCGUUUUAUUUUGAGACAUAUCAUAGUAUCAAAAGAGCGAGGUAACAGAAUGACUCAUUCAUACACAAUAACCUCACAAUUUGUCCAUGAAAAACACUCACAAUAACCCCACCAAACCAAAGAACACUUGUUUUUCCAUCCCAUUCAAUACACACACCAAAAAAUGUCCGACUGCUUUCAUUAAAACGUGCUCUAAAAAAAAGGUAUUAAUAACUACAGUUGCGUACUCUAAUUACGCUCUAAAACAUUUAAUGGGUAAAGCAACCAACUUUUAGGCAUGCUGAGCCUUUCCUCAGGGGUUAAAUGGUUAAUGCUUGAACUCGGGGCGGCAGCGUAGCCUAGUGGUUAGAGCAUUGGGCUAGUAACCGGAAGGUUGUGAGUUCAAAUCUGUCGUUCUGCCCCUGAACAGGCAGUUAACCCACUGUUCCCAGGCCGUCAUUGAAAAUAAGAAUGUGUUCUUAACUGACUUGCCUGGUUAAAUAAAGGUCAAAUAAAAAAAUAAAAGGUUAUGUGGACAAACAAUUAAUAAUGCAGCCAAUGAACACGGUGCUGGGGGUGUGUCAUAGUAAUUAAGGUAACGAGGGAUGGGAAAAAGUGGAACUGUUUAAGAAAAAAAAAAGAAUGUCAAGAUGUUAAAUAGACGGGGUUUAUUUACAUCACCUUAUGGUAAUAUAAUGAAAUAUAAUAGAAAACCAUCAUGUUAAUAUCGACAAUCAUUACUGUUACUAUCAAGUUGCUUUCAUCUUUGUUUCAUUAUUUCAUCUACUAUCUUAUUGUUAUUCAAGCGAAGUGCAUAAUGAGCAUCAUCAACAUGGGAAACAUGAUAAGUAAGUGUAGGCUAAUAAUCCUGAGGGCAAAACAUGUUUUAUUUUCAUUGGAUUGAAAUGCUGAUAGAAAAGGGCCUAAGAUCAGUCAAAGUUCAAACCACUAAGGGUCAACGUUUGUAAGAGAUCAAGUGGGCCUCCCUCUGUAGUCUCCUCAACAAGACUUCUUCUAUGGUCCUCAAAGGUCUUUGAAGUACCGUAGGGUUCUUGGCCCUGAACAUGGCUCCUUAAAGGUUCUUCCAAGAACCCCGUAGGAGGUGGAGGUUCAUUGAGGAACCUCCUUAGUUGGUGGGGGGUUCUUUGCAGGAACCUAACUGCCCAGCUGAAACAUUUCGAUUUGAAAGGACAGCAGGUGAAGGCACUUAACUGAAACAUGUAAAGAUCUCCAUAUUUUAAGGUAAGGUUUGUCCCUUCUAUGAUCUAAAUUGAUAUUGCUUUAUAAUGACACCAUCUAUCUUUUCAUAUUUGUGUGAAUAUUUCUAAAACAGAAAAUGGACACAAUUCAAUGGAAAUCAAUCAGCAAAGAGGUAAGAAUAUGUUGAAGGCUUGAUGGGUGGAGAUGGCUGAUGUGCUCACUUCUUUUUGUCUGAAUCUGCAGGUACAGACGAGGAGGUAGACAAAGGUAUGUGAAUCGGUAUUGGGUUGUUAUACAGAUCACGUGUACCAUCCUCCUCCCUGACCUCUUCAAUGAAUAUCCCAUAGGCCUCUACAUUAUGGACAUGACUUCACCCUCCCUACACCUCUGAUGAAUAUAAGCGGGAAACCUGUUCAACCACCAUGCGCUGCUAAAUCAUUCUGGCUAUGAAUACGGAGAACAUCGACACAUUAACAUCACCACGCCAGAGGAUAUACCCAUUGGACUUGGGGCUCUGCUGAGAGAUUACCUCAUAUUUAGAUUUUAGUUUUUUAUUCUGCUUUGCGAUCAUA